AUGAGACACAAAUUGGAUGAGCAAUUUGGGAGAUUUAUUGAUAUGCUCAAACAACUUCACUUUUUUCUACCUUUCAUCGAUGUGAUCAACCAAAUGCCUAACUAUGCCAAAUUCCUCAAAGACAUUUUGAGUGGGAAAAGGACUUGUGAUGUUGUGGAGACUAUCAACUUGACUGAGAAUUGUAGUGCGAUCCUCAUGAACAAAAUGCCACCCAAGUUGAAAGACCCCGGAAACUUCUCUAUCCCUUGUGCUAUUAACAAGAUGCAAAUUAAUAAUGCCUUAUAUGACUUAGGAGCUAGUGUAAGCCUAAUGCCAUAUUCAGUUUAUCAAAGAUUUGAUCUAGGGGAACUCUUACCUUCUAACAUUACCUUGCAACUAGCCGAUAGAUCAAUCAAGUUUCCAAAAGGUAAAGUGGAAGAUGUUCCAUUGAGGGUUGGAAAGUUUGUGUUCCCGAUGGAUUUUGUUGUACUGGAAUGGAUGAAGAUGCUACUAUUCCUAUCAUUCUAG